AUGAUCGAUUUUAGGAAAAGGCCCAGAUGGUAUCCCUCCAUACCCAUCCUAGACCUGCCCAGCUCUCUCCCCUCCCUGCUGACUGGGCUCAGCUCUGCCCUGGCCCCUGACCUAGGCCUGGGGCUAGCACCCCCACUGAGGGAGAGGCUGUUGUUCCCCUCCUGUCUAGAAGGAUGGUGGUCCUCGUGAGCGCUUAGUCGUGAUUUAGCAGAUUAAGGGAGUCACACUUCCCUGGAUGACUUCCAUGUGCUUUAGCUGGCAGGCCUCGCUGCCCUGAGUGACUUGUCAGAAUGAGAGACACCCUGGCCUUAACCCUUGCCUGCCUGCCUGGCUGGCACUCACAGCAACAUGGGGAAACUGGGAUGUUUACAGGUUGUUCAUAUUCACUAUUUGAAAUAUGAUGUAAAUAGGCCUAACUUCUACUUCCUCUUGAUAGCUUUGGCCCUCUUAAAGGUCUUGUGAGGUUCUUUCAUCAAGGCUCGAUUUUUAAGAUGAUGGGACAUGAAUAAUCCGCAACUCACUCCUCUGUUUAUAACAUGUCAGGCCACCCAGGAGGGAGGCUGAGAGGGGGGGGGCGCUUGCCCAACCUCCCUCACCAGCCUCUGAAGCAAUUAACGGAUUACUCACUCCUGUGACCGUGUCCUGAAAUGAACCCCCUCUUUCUCUACCAAAAACUGACUCGACACUAGGCUUUAAACCACUUAAUACAAAAGGUCACGAUUUUAGCAUUACUGUGUAACUGUUAAUAGGGCUGGCACAAUUACCGUAUAACCGUGUAGCCAACGGUUAUGGAUGAAGACAGUCAUAAUUUGUGUGUGGAAGAAACAGCAGACUGGACAGCCGGUCAUUCGUAUGGUUGAGUCCGAUUCUGCUGUAACAUGAGCCUUGUUUACACCUUGCCAUCAAAUGUGGGCUUGGUGAUGUAAUCAAUAUGAUCCUAUUGCUAUCUGAUCAAGGUUUGUCGUGUCAACACAUGGUGUUAAAAUGUGUCCGCAUUGUGACGAGAUUUCCUGGUACUCUUUCAAAAUAAUAUGAAUGCAUUUCUUUUAAAAGUCCAAUGCACCAAUUUUUAUCUCAAUAUCAAAUCAUUUCUGGGUAACAUUAAGUACCUUACUGUGAUUGUUUUCAAUUAAAAUGUCCAAAAAUAAAUUUCACAAGCAGGAAUUUUGCUCUCUGUGAGUGGUUUGAGUGGGGAGGGGAAACCUACAUUUAGCUGUUAUUGGCAGAGAGGUUUGGAACUCUCUUUCUUAUUGGCAUAUAAACUAAUUCACCGCAUGGUGAUGUCACUAUGGAAGGCCUAAACUCCCUUCCACCAAAACAGGCUGAAAUGUCAGGUGCUCUUUUCAAACAUUCAAUCAGAAUGAGUUUUUCCCCACAAAAGGGAUUUAUGACAGACAGAAAUGCUCCUCAGUUUCAUCAGCUGUCUGGGUGGCUGGUCUCAGACGAUCCUGCAGGUGAAGAAGCUGGAUGUGGAGGUCCUGGGCUGGCGUGCUUACACGUGGUCUGCGGUUGUGAGGCCGGUUGGACGUACUGCCAAAUUCUCUAAAACAAAGUUGAAGGCUUAUGGUAGAGAAAUGAACAUUCAAUUCUCUGGCAACAUUCUUGCAGUCAGCAUACCAGUUGCACGCUCCCUCAAAACAUGAGACAUCUGUGGCAUUGUGUUGUGUGACAAAACUGCACAUUUUAGAGUGGCCUUGUAUUAUCCCCAGCACAAGGUGCACCUGUGUAAGAUCAUGCUGUUUAAUCAGCUUCUUGAUAUGCCACACCUAUCAGGUGGAUGGAUUAUCUUACGAAAGGAGAAAUGCUCACUAACAGGGAUGUUAUCAAAUUUGUGCACCAAAUCUGAGAGAAAUAAGCUUUUUGUGCGUCUGGAAAAUUUCAGGGAUCUUUUAUUUCAGCUCAUGAAACAUGGGACCAACACUUUACAUGUUGCGUUUAUAUUUUUGUUCAGUGUAGAACGCUUGUGGAUUUCUAUUAAAGAAGCAAAGUGGAAAUCGUUGUCACCAACAUCUUUUUACAUCUGACCAUACAGACGAGGUGAACGGCACGACAAGUGCUUGUGACUCCGUGGUCAAGCAACAACGACUGCUUGACCACGGAGUGACAAGGGGCAGGCCUUGGUGUGAGAAGUGCAUGGGGAGGAAAGGGAGAGAGACAACUGAAGUAACGGAGGAAACUAUAAAAAUUGACAUUACGCGCCAGUGGCAUACCACAUUUAACAAACCAAACAAUUGAAAUACCAUAAUAGAAGGUAAAGUAAAAACCUAAACCGGUCCGUGCAUGAAUAACGGUAGGCUAUAAAAUAAAAUACGGUAUUCUGCCCAGCCCUAUGGAGGAAUAGUAAAGCGUUUCCUUGUGUUUUUUCUUGCAGAGAGAAUGAGACCCGCCAUUGUUAGCCUCCCGCCUCUCUCCCUCAGCGGCAGGGAGUUUUUCCUGUUUUCCAGUAAUGAUAAUAGGGCUUGCAGGAAGAGGACGUCUGGGUGCCCAAAUAAUGAUCACUAUCGAUUGUCCUCAGAGACAAUGGGCUGCUGAAGAUGGACACCUUUCGGUUGCUAGGAGACAUGAACUGCCACCAUUGGCACGGUGAUAUGGUUGGAUCCACUGGGGGAAAGGCGGGAGGAGCAAAAAGGGCCCAGGGAUGUUGGGAUUGGAUCCCAGCACUCCAGAGAUGGGGAGAGCGAGAGAAUAGGGGAUAGAACGAAGGAGAGAGUGAUUGGCUAAGGUUAAUAAGGAAUAAUGAAGGACUUUUGUUGUUUCUCACACUGAUGAAGUUAGCGCCUGCCUGUGAUUGUUCUCAUUCACAAUCUCCUUCACACCACUCUCAUACAAACACAUGCAUGUUCCUCUCAGGUUUGUUUACCAUGUUUGACUGUACGCCUACACCUAAUAUGAUUUCCAAAGGGUUUUGAUUGGAAAUAAGACGGUGAGUAGGCCUCGCAAUCACUGGGCAUCCCAGGUUGCCUAUUACAGAGAUGCAUCUCUCAGCCUCACAGGGCUGUGGUGUCCUCGGGAUGCUGUGUGUUGUUCUGCAGGGCAGCACCAAUGAUUUAUAUAUACACUAGAUGACUGACAGGGAGUGUUGUUUUGAAGCCACUGCACCUCCAACUUGGCACUCCCCCACCAUUGUAAAAAAUAUUUUGGAAGGUAUAGAAAUGCAUUUGUUAAUGUCUACAUUUGUUUUUGCCACGUUUAUUCUAUUACAGACACUUUAAUGCAUACUUUUACAUUAUAUUAUGUGAGCUAAACAUACAAAUAUAUAUGUACAGUGAGGGAAAAAAGCAUUUGAUCCCCUGCUGAUUUUGUACGUUUGCCCACUGACAAAGACAUGAUCAGUCUAUAAUUUUAAUUGUAGGUUUAUUUGAACAGUGAGAGACAGAAUAACAACAAAAAAAUCCAGAAAAAUGCAUGUCAAAAAUGUUAAUGAGGGAAAUAAGUAUUUGACCCCUCUGCAAAACAUGACUUAGUACUUGGUGGCAACACCCUUGUUGGCAAUCACAGAGGUCAGAUGUUUCUUGUAGUUGGCCACCAGGUUUGCACACAUCUCAGGAGGGAUUUUGUCCCACUCCUCUUUGCAGAUCUUCUCCAAGUCAUUAAGGUUUCGAGGCUGACGUUUGGCAACUCGAACCUUCAGCUCCCUCCACAGAUUUUCUAUGGGAUUAAGGUCUGGAGACUGGCUAGACCACUCCAGGACCUUAAUGUGCUUCUUCUUGAGCCACUCCUUUGUUGCCUUGGCCGUGUGUUUUGGGUCAUUGUCAUGCUGGAAUACCCAUCCACGACCCAUUUUCAAUGCCCUGGCUGAGGGAAGGAGGUUCUCACCCAAGAUUUGACGGUACAUGGCCCCGUCCAUCGUCCCUUUGAUGCGGUGAAGUUGUCCUGUCCCCUUAGCAGAAAAACACCCCCAAAGCAUAAUGUUUCCACCUCCAUGUUUGACGGUGGGGAUGGUGUUCUUGGGGUCAUAGGCAGCAUUCCUCCUCCUCCAAACACGGCGAGUUGAGUUGAUGCCAAAGAGCUCCAUUUUGGUCUCAUCUGACCACAACACUUUCACCCAGUUCUCCUCUGAAUCAUUCAGAUGUUCAUUGGCAAACUUCAGACGGGCAUGUAUAUGUGCUUUCUUGAGCAGGAGGAACUUGCGGGCACUGCAGGAUUUCAGUCCUUCACGGCGUAGUGUGUUACCAAUUGUUUUCUAGGUGACUAUGGUCACAGCUGCCUUGAGAUCAUUGACAAGAUCCUCCCGUGUAGUUCUGGGCUGAUUCCUCACCGUUCUCAUGAUCAUUGCAACUCCACGAGGUGAGAUCUUGCAUGGAGCCCCAGGCCGAGGCAGAUUGACAGUUAUUUUGUGUUUCUUCCAUUUGAGAAUAAUCGCACCAACUGUUGUCACCUUCUCACCAAGCUGCUUGGCGAUGGUCUUGUAGCCCAUUCCAGCCUUGUGUAGGUCUACAAUCUUGUCCCUGACAUCCUUGGAGAGCUCUUUGGUCUAGGCCAUGGUGGAGAGUUUGGAAUCUGAUUGAUUGAUUGCUUCUGUGGACAGGUGUCUUUUAUACAGGUAACAAACUGAGAUUAGGAGCACUCCCUUUAAGAGUGUGCUCCUAAUCUCAGCUCGUUACCUGUAUAAAAGACACCUGGGAGCCAGAAAUCUUUCUGAUUGAGAGGGGGUCAAAUAAUUAUUUCCCUCAUUAAAAUGCAAAUCAAUUUAUAACAUUUUUGACAUGCCUUUUUCUGGAUUUUUUUGUUGUUAUUCUGUCUCUCACUGUUCAAAUAAACCUACCAUUAAAAUUAUAGACUGAUCAUUUCUUUGUCAGUGGGAAAACGUACAAAAUCAGCAGGGGAUCAAAUACUUUUUUCCCUCACUGUAUAUAAACAUUUUCAUGAAAGUAAAUUUUUUUGAAAGUUCUAAUGUUACUGUCCCCACUACAACGCCACAAUACUUAAAUACAUGUAAAUAGUUCCUUGAAACAUUUAAUUGAAAUACUGUAGAAUUCCAUUAAUUCCUAUGGGAAAACUGCACUGUAGGGGCAGGAGUUUUUCUGGACCAUAGAUAGCCUAUAACUUGGUCUGCAGUGCAGUUUUUCCUGGUCAGGUCCUGUGGUUAGGAAAACGACAUAAGUGUCAGAGCAGCCACACACACCAAACACUAUGAGAUUCGCGGCGACGUGGGGAGCAAGAAAAUACCCUCCAUCUGGCUAGAAACUCGUUGCAGGUUUUGAUAAUCAGUGUUUUUCUUACUUUUAAUCCUACAGUCGUGGUCAAAAGUUUUGAGAAUGACACAAAUAUUAAUUUUCACAAAGUCUGCUGCCUUAGUUUUUAUGAUGGCAAUUUGCAUAUACUCCAGAAUGUUAUGAAGAGUGAUCAGAUGAAUUGCAAUUAAUUGCAAAGUCCCUCUUUGCCAUGAAAAUGAACUUAAUCCCCAAAAAACAUUUCCACUGCAUUUCAGCCCUGCCACAAAAGGACCAGCUGACAUCAUGUCAGUGAUUCUCUCGUUAACACAGGUGAGAGUGUUGACGAGGACAAGGCUGGAGAUCACUCUGUCAUGUUGAUUGAGUUAGAAUAACAGACUGGAAGCUUUAAAAUUAGGGUGGUGCUUGAAAUCAUUGUUCUUCCUCUGUUAACCAUUGUUACCUGCAAGGAAACACGUGCCGUCAUCAUUGCUUUGCACAAAAAGGGCUUCACAGGCAAGGAUAUUGCUGCUAGUAAGAUUGCACCUAAAUCAACCAUUUAUCGGAUCAUCAAGAACUUCAAGGAGAGAGGUUCAAUUAUUGUGAAGAAGGCUUCAGGGCGCCCAAGAAAGUCCAGCAAGCGCCAGGACCGUCUCCUAAAGUUGAUUCAGCUGCGGGAUCGGGGCACCACCAGUGCAGAGCUUGCUCAGGAAUGGCAGCAGGCAGGUGUGAGUGCAUCUGCACGCACAGUGAGGCGAAUACUUUUGGAGGAUGGCCUGGUGUCAAGAAGGGCAGCAAGGAAGCCACUUCUCUCCAGGAAAAACAUCAGGGUUAGACUGAUAUUCUGCAAAAGGUACAGGGAUUGGACUGCUGAGGACUGGGGUAAAGUCAUUUUCUCUGAUGAAUCCCCUUUCCGAUUGUUUGGGGCAUCCGGAAAAAAUAUUGUCCGGAGAAGACAAGGUGAGCGCUACCAUCAGUCCUGUGUCAUGCCAACAGUAAAGCAUCCUGAGACCAUUCAUGUGUGGGGUUGCUUCUCAGCCAAGGAAGUGGGCUCACUCACAAUUUUGCCUAAGAACACAGCCAUGAACAAAGAAUGGUACCAACACAUCCUCCGAGAGCAACUUCUCCCAACCAUCCAAGAACAGUUUGGUGACGAACAAUGCCUUUUCCAGCAUGAUGGAGCACCUUGCCAUAAGGCAAAAGUGAUAACUAAGUGGCUCGGGGAACAAAACAUCGACAUUUUGGGUCCAUGGCCAGGAAACUCCCCAGAACUUAAUCCCAUUGAGAACUUGUGGUCAAUCCUCAAGAGGCGGGUGGACAAACAAAAACCCACAAACUCCAAGCAUUGAUUAUGCAAGAAUGGGCUGCCAUCAGUCAGGAUGUAGCCCAGAAGUUGUGGCCCAGAAGUUAAUUGACAGCAUGCCAGGGCGGAUUGCAGAGGUCUUGAAAAAGAAGGGUCAACACUGCAAAUAUUGACUCUGUGCAUAAACUUAAUGUAAUUGUCAAUAAAGCCUUUGACACUUAUGGAAUGCUUGUAAUUAUACUUCAGUAUACAAUAGUAACAUCUGACAAAAAUAUCUAAAAACACUGAAGCAGCAAACUUUGUGAAGACCAAUACUUGUGUCAUUCUCAAAACUUUUGACCACGACUGUACUCUGUUAUGUCACAGAUAAGUAUUUUUUAGCACCUUAUCUUUUUAAACCACAGAUCAUAGAAACACACUGUUUUCACAAAUGUAGACACUGGUAUUUUGCUGGAGAUAAUGAAUAUGAGGUUGAAAAGUGGCAGAAUUGCCCUUCUAAGUUGUGCUACCCUGUGAUUUGCAACAUGAUUGAUUUCAAUGCUUAAUAAUCAGAAGGCUGCUAUUUGAUUCAUCUGGCAUUUCAUUUUCUUUUUACUGGAACUAAGCAAAUAAGUGAUUGUCUGUCAUUGCUUUGUGAUAUUGGCUCAGUUGGAAGAACUGAAGAUAUGAAUAUUUACGGAGUGCCUUUGGAUAAGGAAUUUCUGUAUCCCAAUUUGCCCAGGCUAACAAUCCGGAUAUAUCUGCGUAUGUGCAGGAUUUUGUUUUACGUAGCCAAGUGCCCACUCCGCUGCCUACGUAGCUGCUGUGCUGAGUGUUCUGCUGCCGCUCCCCCCUACUUGAUCGCCUUUGUAUGGUCACUUGUGUAGCCUACAAAGUUCAUGUUGUACACAACUGUUCGAACUAUUGCAGUUAAGUGUGGAACUCUUUCUUAUUGGUCUAUUAACUGGCAAAUGAACUCGGCCAUUGUCAGACUUUGUACCGGUCCGGAUACACGCUCGGCUGCCUAUAACUUUCGGCUGCCCAGAGGUGGAACGAAGCAAGACACAGACACGCAGUCUAAUUAGAGAUUCAUAGUUUUUUUUCCAUCAUCAUUGAUUAGCCUACAUCACCACACACAACCCAGAUUGUUUUUCCUCAAUUGUAGGAACUGCGUCCUGCUUGUGCAACUGCAAUAUCCGAUACAACAGACAGACAGAGAAGGUUGUAGCCUUCAUAAUAUUUGUGUUUUGGAAUGUUCGUUCACAUCGCCUAAGCUAUAUGGAGUUGUUUAAAGGUCAUACCAAAGAUCGUUUAGCUAUUUGAUUUUGAAUUUUAAGACCCCUUGAAGUAUAAAAACAAAUACAUAAAAUAUUUGAAAUUAUUUUUGGUCUUACUGAAUAACAGAUUCUCUACAUGGAACAGUCUCCAUAUAUACUUCCAUUCAUUUUUUCAACUGGUACCGGGGGACCUUCAGACGAGUCUUGUGAGGCCUGUGGGCGUCGUAGAGCAAAACAUGUACAUGUUCGGGAGCGUCUCACCUUUGCACAGAGGGGUCAUAUUAGUGUGUAGCCCAAACGGUUUGGACGCUACAGACAGAAGUUGGCAGAUUGGCUGUACCGACUUUAGACGAGUCACCUGACACUUGUGGAGGUCGUAGAUCAAAAUGGAGAACACCAGUGUGUUCGUGAGAGUCAUCUUUCCAUAGAGGGGCGCUACAGCUGAUUAUGUGAGAAGACCGAUUUUCGGGAUGUCUCAUGGUCUGACAAACACCACUCUAGCUCUGUCACCUUUCACCGCAGAUGCGUAAGAGGGACAUAAGUAAAUUGCAGUUUUUCCAGAAUAGAGCAACACGUAUUGCACUUAGAUGUACACGGAGCCUGAAUGUCAGUAACAUGCAUGUCAACCUCUCCUGGCUCGAAGUUUAGGAGAGAUUUUCUGCAUCGCAAUUGGUCUUUGUGCGACGUGUUGAUGUGUUGAAGGUUUCCGAACUGUCUGUUCAAGCAGUUGGCACACAGUUCGAACACUCAUCGGUACAACAUAAGACAUGCAAUCAGAGGUCUCUUCACAGUCCCCAGGUCCUGAACAGAGGCUGGGAAACACACAGUAUUAAAUAGAGCCAUGACUACAUGGAAUGCUCUGCCACCCCAGGUAACUCAAGCUAACAAUAAAAACAGAUUCUAAAAACAGAUAAAAGAACACUUUAUGGCACAACUGGGUCUGUGAAGAGACAGCCAUUUGAUAUAUAUUUUUGUAUUGUAAUUUGCACUGUAUUAUGUAGGUCGUUGGCCUUGCACGAGCCUUGGCUUAUGGGAGCUGGAACAGCUCAUAUUGCAGGAGCCGUCACCUGUUUCUGAAGCGUGAGGCAGAGGCAGGAUAUUAUGUAGUGUUAUGUAUUUUAUUUGUUGUUUUGUUUCCUGCUUUGACCCCAGGAUGAGUAGCUGCUGCCUUGGCAGCAGCUAAUUGGGUAUCCCAAUAAAAUACUAAAUACUACUAUCUAAACUUGUACUAAUCAUGGUCGAAUUACCGUCCGGUGGGCCCCCAUGGAUUUUGGUAGUCACUCUGUCAGAUAUCAUAUAAAAAUUACCAACAUUUCUCUCCGCCCCAUGGCAGAGUUGCAAGACAUUAACUCUAAAACUUCCAAUUUCGCUUAGGGCCCCCAAAAGGCUAGAGCCAGUCUCUUACUGCAUGUGUGGGUAUGGAUGUGGGUACGCAGACCCUCGAGCCACUGCGGCCCCUGUGAUGAUUUCAAAUUUUUUGUGGCCUCCACCCCGUCAAAGUUGCCAAAACCUGGUUUAUGCUAUUGCUUCAAAACUGCAAUAGAGGUUUUAGGCAAUUAUACAGUAUUUGACUACACUAUGGUGAGAAAAACACGCUGACAUGCUACUGUGUAAAAACUGUAAUUAGAAUAUGAAUAAUUUGAAAUGAACCCCCUGUGUGUCUCUCUCUCUCCCCAGGUGAUGGAGUGUGCUGGGCAUUAGUAGGAGCUCUGUAGGACACAGCCAGCAUACGUACGUGAAGGUCAGGGGUCAUGUGUCAUCCUGCAGCCUGAUGCCCACCCUCCCGUCACCCUCACUGGCCAUGGACGGGGAGAACUACCUGCACCCAGAAGGGCCGCAGCUGGACAGCAGCAUGUUCGAAGUGGCCUCUUCCAAUAUGGAGGUACGUCGUAUGCACACACACACUACACAUGUUUGCACAUCCACCCAUUUGGUAAACACCAAAAGUUCCAGGAAAAUGUGCAACAUAAUAUGCUAAUAAUAGAAGGCUACAUAAUAUGCUAAUAUUAUUCCAGCAAAUGUGGCUCCAUAAUAGAGGCUAUAUUAUAGUAUGCAAAUAACAAUGUUAUUGUCAUCAACAAGUUCGUGUUAGCAUGCUCUUCAUUGUAAUCAGGGAGCUAAUAUAUGACUCCCGAGUGGCGCAAGGCACUGCAUCGCAGUACUAGCUGUGCCACUAGAGAUCCUGGUUCGAGUCCAGGCAAAGGUAUGCAUUCACUAACUGUAAGUCGCUCUGGAUAAGAGCGUCUGCUAAAUGACUAAAAUGUAAAUAUACAGUGCAUUCGGGAAGUAUUCAGACCCCUUCCCUUUUUCCAAAUGUUACGUUACAGCUUUAUUGUAAAAUUGAUUUAAAAAAGUAUUCCUCAUCAAUCUACACACAAUACCCCAUAAUGACAAAGUGAUAACACAUUUACAUGCGAAAUUGAGCUCAGGUGCAUCCUGUUUCCAUUGAUCAUCCUUGAGAUGUUUCUACAACUUGAUUGGAGUCCACCUGUUGUAAAUUCAAUUGAUUGGACAUGAUUUGGCACACACCUGUCUAUAUAAGGUCCCACAGUUGACAGUGCAUGUCAGAGCAAAAACCAAGCGAUGAGGUCGAAGGAAUUGUCCGUAGAGCUCCGAGACAGGAUUGUGUCAAAGCACAGAUCUGGGGAAGGGUACCAAAAACAUCUGCAGCAUUGAAGGUCCCCAUGAACACUGCGGCCUCCAUCAUUCUUAAAUGGAAGAGGUUUGUAACCACCAAGACUCUUCCUAGAGCUGGCCGCCCCGGCCAAACUGAGCAAACGGGGGAGAAGGGCCUUGGUCAGGGAGGUGACCCAGAACCCGAUGGUCACUCUGACAGAGCUCCAGAGUUCCUCUGUGGAAAUGGAAGAACCUUCCAGAAGGACAACCAUCUCGGCAGCAAUCCACCAAUCAGGCCUUUAUAUAGCUGUGCAGCGACACUCCCCAUCCAACCUGACAGAGCUUGAGAAGAGUGGAGACACUCCCCAAAUACAGGUGUGCCAAGCUUGUAGCGUCAUACCCAAGAAGACUCGAGGCUGUAAUCGUUGCCAAAGGUGCUUCAACAAAGUACUGAGUAAAGGGUCUGAAUUUAUAUACAGUACCAGUCAAACGUUUGGACUCGUUUGAACUCAUUCAAGGGUUUUUCUUUAUUUUUACUAUUUUCUACAGUGUAGAAUAAUAGUGAAGACAUCAAAACUAUGAAAAAACACAUAUGGAAUCAUGUAGUAACCAAAAAAGUGUUAAACAAAUCAAAAUAUAUUUUCUAUUUGAGAUUCUUCAAAGUAGCCACCCUUUGCCUUGAUGACAGCUUUGCACACUCUUGGCAUUCUCUCAACCAGCUUCUUGAGGAAUGCUUUUCCAACAGUCUUGAAGGAGUUCCCACAUAUGCUGAACACUUGUUGGCUGCUUUUCCUUCACUCUGCGGUCCAACUCAUCCCAAACCAUCUCAAUUGGGUUGAGGGCGGGUGAUUGUGGAGGCCAGGUCAUCUGAUACAGCACUCCAUCACUCUCCUUGGUCAAAUAGCCCUUACACAGCCUGGAGGUGUUUUUUGGGUCAUUGUCCUGUCGAAAAACAAAUGAUAGUUCCACUAAGUGCAAACCAGAUGGCAUGGCGUAUUGCUGCAGAAUGCUGUGGUAGCCAUGUUGGUUAAGUGUGCCUUGAAUUGUAAAUAAAUCCCUGACGGUGUCACCAGCAAAGCACCCCCACACCAUCACACCUCCUCCUACAUGCUUCACGGUGGGAACCACACAUGCGGAGAUCAUCCGUUCACCUACUCUGCGUCUCACAAAGACACGGUGGGUGGAACCAAACAUCUCAAAUUCGGACUCAUCAGACCAAAGGACAGAUCCCCACCAGUCUAAUGUCCAUUGCUCGUGUUUCUUGGCCCAAGUAAGUCUCUUCUUCUUAUUGGUGUCCUUUAGUAGUUGUUUCUUUGCUGAAAUUCGACCAUGAAGGCCUGGUUCAAACAGUCUCCUCUAAACAGUUGAUGUUGAGAUGUGUCUGAUACUUGAACUCAGUGAAGCAUUUAUUUGGGCUGCAAUCAUAGGUGCAGUUAACUCUAAUUAACUUAUCCUCUGCAGCAGAGGUAACUCUGGGUCUUCCUUUCCUGUGGCGUUCCUCAUGAGAGCCAGUUUCAUCGUAGCACUUGAUGGUUUUUGUGACUGCACUUGAAGAAACUUUCAAAGUUCUUGACAUUUUCCGUAUUGACUGACGUUCAUGUCUUAAAGUAAUGAUGGACUGUCGUUUUGUCUUUGCUUAUUUGAGCUGUUCUUGCCAUUAAUAUGGACUUGGUCUUUUACCAAAUAGGGCUAUCUUCUGUAUACCACCCCUACCUUGUCACUACACAACUGAUUGGCUCAAACGCAUUAAGAAGGAAAGAAAUUCACAAAUUAACUUUUUGAAACGCAUUACGUGACUACCUCAUGAAGCUGGUUGAGAGAAUGCCAAGCGUGUGCAAAGCUGUCAUCAAGGCAACUUUGAAGAAUCUCAAAUCUCAAAUAUAUUUUGAUUUGUUUAACACUUUUUUGGUUACUACAUGAUUCCAUAUGUUAUUUCAUAGUUUUGAUGUCUUCACUAUUAUUCUACAAUGUAGAAAACCCUUGAAUGAGUAGGUGUGUCCAAACUUUUAACUGGCACUGUAUUUUUUAAAUAAAUGUCUAAAAACUAGUUUUUGCUUUGUCAUUAUGGGGUAUUGUGUGUAGAUUGAUGAGGGAAAAAAACAAUAAUCAAUUUUAGAAUAAGGCUGUAACGUAACAAAAUGUGGAAAAAGUCAAGUGGUCUGAUUACUUUCCGAAUGCACUGUAAAUACUAUACAUGUCAAUCUCUCUUGGCUAUGAGUUGAGGAGAGACUUGACUGCAUCACUUAUUUUUAUAAGAAACAUUUAAUGUGUUGAAUUCCAAAUUGUUUGCAUAGUCAACAUACACACAGCUCUGACACACACACUUACCCCACCAGACAUGCCACCAGGGGACUUUUCACAGUCCCCAAAUCCAGAAGAAAUUCAAGAAAGGGUACAGUAUUAUAUAGAGACAUAAUUACAUGGAACCCUUCCAUCUCAUAUUGCUCAAAUGAACAGCAAACCUGGCUUUAAAAAAAAGAUAGAGCAGCACCUCACGGCACAACGCCUCUCCCCUAUUUGACCUAGAUAUUGAUAUGUAGGCUAUUUGUGCCGUUUUUACAUUUAUGUAGUUCUGUCCUUGAGCUGUUCUUGUCAAUUCAUGUUCAGUAUUAUGUAAUGUUUCAUGUUUUCUGUGGAACCCAGGAAGAGAAUGGGGAUCCUAAUAAAAUACAAAAUACUGUCAUGGUGGUUUAGGACACUUUUAACCAGAAACUGGAACACAAAAAAUGGCUGUCAUGCGUUAGACUGUUUGACAUUUGGGUUGGGACAGUGACGUCUUUGUGGUGACAGUUAUCUCGACUGAUGCAGGGCCUGAUACUGGUUCAGGUAUUAACUAGUGCAAGGCAUCAUCUGUGUCUCCCUUUAGGAGACGCUGGCACUAUCUAGUUUCUCAGACUCAGAGGAACAAAGACAUGGUAAAUGGUUUGCCCAAUAGCACUCUGGUUGUUUUCUUGAUGGCACUCUGUGAAAUGCACUGGUGAAAAUAAAAGCACUUGUGCACUAUAUUCACAAAUGUAAUUUUUGGGAAAAGGGUACACCUUAAACUAAUCUUUUAGGUUGUCACAAAGGUUUAUCUUCAUGAAUGCAGAUAACUUUUAUAUGAUUCCUGACCAAGUAAUUUGACAAUAUAAAUGCAAAGCGUUUAUGACCCUAUGAUAUCCAGUCUCAUAUAGUGUUGUGUUUGAGUCUUCUUAGGCAUGGUUAACUAAUGAACCUUUUAUCUUCUCUGUUUCAGAGUUCUAUGUAUCCCUCUGCUUCCUGGGGAUCAUUCUCACAGCAGUCUGAAGGAUACAGCGCACACUGCCCUAUGCAAUCUGGAAAC